AGUAGCCGUUACCUGCCAAAGCGAGUGAAAGUCACAGCCGGUAUCGCCGUCCAUCGGAGAUGGGUGAGCUCGAACUUCAAAAGUCCAUCGAGCUCAAGAAUGCAAAACGAACUCAGCUGUCGCCGUUUCGUUGAUAUUACUCAACGAUCCAGGCAUUCAGGCAAAGCACUCCGCUAAAACUCUCAUCUUGGGGGUCGCGCCCAGCUAAGCACGAUCGCUUUCUUCUAUGUUCACCCUCUGCCGAACAGGGUCUCGUCGCCGGAGGCGGCUGUUCUGGCUUCUGUCGGCCUGCAGCGUCGUGUACAUCUUGGCUCUCCUGUCCUUCCGAAUCGAGCCCACUUCCUCCAGGUUCCACGAGUUCUACAAGUGUCCCGCAUGUUACGGAGACGGCCUGUGUCCCCUACUCGGGAACCUCGAACUCGAGGGCUGGUCGAGCCGCGCCGUUCUGAGACGCUUCAACGUGAAGAACGUGUUUUACGGCAAGUGGAACAACACACGCGUCGUGGCCAAAAAGCUCGCCCACGACACCGAGUUACUCGAUGCGGACUCCAGGUUGUGCGGACGAACAUCCCACCGGUGCAAUGUGGCGGAAGCUGUGCGCGACAAACUUGGCGGCGGUGACCGGGUCGCUGCACUCCUCGCGUUUAUGUCCUCCGUGCGGACAAACCAGGACAUCACGACGUGUCCUUCGAAGAGACUCAUCCGGCAUGUCUUGAGUGCCGUGGACGCAAACGCCAUGGCCGUCGCUCAGCGGGAGGGCAGACUGCAAGCAGCGCACGUAGUUGCGUACACUGCUAGCGUCAACCCGGAGCCCUUGAUCCUGCAGGCAUUUCCCCGCCGGGACGGCUGGCCAUUCCCGGAGUUCCGCGGCAGCUGCGGUCGGCUCGUCGUCGAAAGCUACGAGGGCACGCCCCUUUCUCAGUUCGAGCUGCUUGAUUGGUCUGUGCGGGCUCACUUGGCCAAUCGGCUGCUCGACUUGGCCCAGCUGCUGACUGAGAACCCAACCGAGUUUGCGCUGUACCUCACCGACGUCAGCAUGGACAACUUUGCCGUGGAUGCAAUGGGCCAGGUGACUGUCGUCGACGCAGAAAACGUAAUCGUCGUGGAUCAACGAGAGGUCAGAGAGGGCCAGAAGCCGGGCUGGGACAAGCGGUACGAGCACCUGGAAGAGGCGUGCCACGACUGCCUGAGCUUCUCGUCGGAAGACCUGUGCUCGCACCAGCUGGCCGACCACAACUACUUUGCGGUGUGUAGCGGCCUGCUGGCCCCGAGGGCCUUUUACUCGUCCGUGGGAGGGCUGCUCCACUCGGUGCCGCCGGACGUGGAGAAGCAGCACGGCCUGUCGGCCCUGUUGGCCGCGUGCGACCGGCCCUCAGACCACGGUCGGACGCGCUUCGAAGCCGCCUCCGAGCUGCGCGAGGCGCUAGCUCUCGUGCUCGAGGAACGUCCCGCGUCGGCGUGGCCGAGCGUGCCCUGAGGUCUGCGGCGGUGUCUGGAAAUGUGUGUCGGCGUUCUACGGUUGCCUGUAAUCAGUGGCGUCCAUUUUGUGCUACGUCGUCGAGGCUACCGUAGCUUCCGCGGCGCUGCAGCCCUGCACUGCCACAAGGACGCACUCGUAUGCACGUAUAGCUUCGACGGCGUUGGAGUAUUGCGGAAGCUGUGCCAGUCACGACGACAUAGCACAAAACAGAUGGUGCCGAGUUUACAGAUAAUUUACUAGGGGACUACAGGAAUCUCUUCCUUUGCAUUAAACAGAACAAUGGUUGUGCCAUAAACUACCCCUGGUGGAAUGGUUUAUUUGGCGACACCUCUCUCCCUCGGCACCAAAACACGUGAAGGCGACGCCUCGGAAUGCGGUUGACGGAGUCGCAGAUGCGAAGACGGUACCGCUGCCGCUGUCAAGCUUGUUUCCGCACAUCUUUGUUGUUGACUUUUCUUUUAUGUAUUCAGGGGGAGUGUCCUACAUUCCCCUAGUAAAGUAUUUGGGCACAGAUAGGUAUAUGGGAGUGGCAAGGGUCUUUCCGUCGCCCUGCCUUCGGCACUAGCCCUUUGCAUUUCGUGAUCUCGACCGUGCGUGAAAGCUUGAUGCCCACGCGACACCAUAAUAUUGUUAGAGGUGGAAAAAUAUAAAGACCUUGUAAACUAUUUGUGACCAUAUGAAGGAGUGAUCACACCGUGCAUCCUACCACUGCUCCCAUCAUUAUCUGAAUGAGGCUCUUCUUUGUGGCUACUAUAAUAUUGUCGUAAAGGAGGAGGCUUUCAGACCCUACAUCAUUGUAGUGUUGGGGCUUUCUGCAGGAGGAAAGCAUCUCACCUUUGUGGUUGAGUAGUUAUGUGUGUUCAGAACAGUGUGUUCAGAACAGGGUAUACGGGUAUGUCACUAUUGCAUUUGAUAUGAAUUGAAACAGUCCUUCAUGCUUCUUGGGCACAUCUACCACUUUGUAAGAGAGCUGUGGAGGGUCGAACUAGAAAUUACAUGCAGAGUUGACAAAUUGGGAGAUAAUAGAGCUUGUGGGAACUGCAGAUGCAGAAAAAGGCAGAAUCUAGGGUUACCAAUCGUCUUGGAUUUUGCGGGACUGUGCAGACUUUUCAUGAAGCAUCCAGAGUCCCGCAUCAUCCCUGUUCGGACAGUUGUAUGUUCCGAAUUUGGUCCUUACAGACUUGCCUCUCAUUUCCUUCUGCCAUAUGCUUCUCACAUUACCUUCUCGUUUGAAUUUUGCCUCAGGAACAAUACUACCAAAAGAAGUUGACUUGUCAAACUGCUUGCCAUACGCCUGUAAAAAAAAAAUUGGGGUGUGUGUACGUUCAUACAGCCUAGAACUUAGUCUGCCUCAACGGGCGACUUGUCUCCCAGCUGUAGAUGAGAAAUUUAGCCAGUCCAGUAAACGUGCAGCACGCAGUAGUGAUACACGACUGCACGCCGGUAUGAAGCUCAUCCAGAUCGAAACGGGCAAGGGUGGGGAUUGAACCCAGGAUCACUGGGUUCUGCAGCACAAGCUUUCACUCCACUGCUCUCAGCUGGUGUGCACUAACCCACUUGGCCAGCGAUCCUCCUCAUAUGCCUGUAUGCAUGCAGGAUCCAGUCUGUCCAGCACCACAGCUGGAACUCAAAAAGAAUCGCACAGAUUUGCUACAAUCUCUCUACUGGACACCUUGCUACCACCAGACGAGUUAGUAAAACUUAGAUCUGCCAAAUGCUUUGGCACCACUGUUUCAUUUGAAUUUUGCCGAGGCAGUGGUACACCAAGACGCUUUGUCCGACUGCUUGUCAGAUGCCUGUUUCGGUGCAAGAUCCAGCCUCUCCAGCACCACGACAGGAACUUGUAAAGGGUCGCACAGAUUUGCUACUAUCUCGCCAAUGGGUGCCUUGCUAGCUCCAGUCCAGUUAGUAGAACUUCCAUGUGCCAAAUUCUCCUGCAUUACCAUUUCAUUUAAUUUUUGUCGACAAGAGAAGAUGCUUUGUCCGACUGCUUGUCGAACGUCUUUCUGGAUGUAAGAUCCAGUCUUUCCAGCACAACAACAGGAACUCGUAAAGAGUCGCACGCCAAAAAACGCGCGUCACGUUGAGAAACAAAAAGUUAGCACAAAUCGCACGAAGCAAUGCUGCGGUGGCUAUCGUUGGCUGUGAGAGGCUUGAAAGGGAUGGUGAACCGAAAUUUGGAUUUCAGAAAAAAAUGCAGUAGAUGUGGGCGGACGCUACAAUCCCUACAACACUACUCGUAAGGCGAUAUCUCUAAUGGACGGCCGUAUUUUUGGGAAAAGAGGUAGAGAUUGAACCAGGCCGACGAGGCGCGUGUGGACCUAGUUUCCUCCUCUCUUUGCUUCGCUCCCUCGAGGCGGCGAGGCGGAGAAGACGCGAGGCCGUUCCCUCUCCUUCUCAGAGAAACAUGACAUGAACAUUUCUGUCAAAUGUGCCUCUUUUUCUUAAAAAAUAUGGUCAUCCGUUUGAGAUAUCGCUGUAUAAAAGAUGUUUUGGUGUUCGUAGCAUCCCGUUGCACGCUUUUGCUGCGUGCUUUGGGGAAUCCAGAUUUCGGUUCAGCAUCCCUUUAACUACUUGAGCACAAAAAUCCAUGGCAGGCCGGAAAUCGGAGAGUCAGUGGUGCCGCUGGAGCCACAGCAAGCACCGCCUGUUACCCUCCUCCUCUUUCUCCUUUCCCCCCCCCCCCCCCCCCCCCCAUCCCAACCUUCUUCAGUGGAGAGUUGGUAACCCUAGCUGGAUCGGGCAUUUCAGGCCAUAUUGAUUAUGAUAGUAUACGUGGAGUGCAGCAUUCCUCAUUCAGCAAGCACCGCAAGGCUAAAGGCCUUGCAGACAACACAAGUUGCACAUGGCUUAGAGGUGGGCACUGGUUACUUUAGUAGUAGUAGUAGUUGAAUCUACCUGGUUACUCUGAAAUGAUGCUUGGAGAACAGUUGAAAUUGCUCCAAUGUAGCAAGCUACUUGUUGGAGCUAUGAGGGUUGCUCAAAAAUAAUGCCCCACAUUUCGUUUCUCGACCAAAAAUAAGGGCAGCAAUGUGAAAAUUUACAGGUUGCCACAUUGAUGUUUCCUGCAUACGUGUAAUUUCACUGCCAUUGCAUGAAGGAGGCUCUUGUAAUAGUUUGUGAACAUUGAGUCUGUGUCUAACAUGCGCCGCAAGCAACGAUCUGUAAUCGAGUUUCUGGUGGCGGCAAAACGAACUGUGCGAAAAAUUCAUAACCAUUUAUGUGCCAUGUAUGGAAAUUAUACAAAUCAAUAAGAGCACGGUUGGAUGCUGGGUGAAACGACUUAAACCUAAGGUGGAGAGAGAGAGUUGUGUGAGCAGUAGCAGUCGGAGUGUCCUGCCUCUGUCGUCAACCCAGACAUGUUGCAGCACGCCGAUGAAUUUAUUUGUGCAAAUCGGUAUAUUGCAAGCCGACCAUUGGUCCUAGAGCUUUCAUUCAGCAAAGGAAGGGCAUUGCCAAUUAUCAGCGUUAUCGGCGUGUGCGGCAUAAGAGGAAUCGGAGACAUUUUUUUUUCUCCAGCUUUACAAUGCCCACCUCCACAAAAAUGUCAAACUCGGGAGGCAAUUUUCAACCUUUGUCUGCCUGUACGCUCCCGUUUCCCCAAUUCCUGAUUCGGCACAAUCAGAUUUGAUCUCUUCGGGCCACUAAAGGAUGCACUGCGCUAACCAACAUGCGAAAACAACACUAGCAUACCGUAGCACACCAAGAGAUGCCCCAUCAUACCGUAGCACACCAAGAGAUGCCCCAUCCCCGAGAGAUAACGCACACCUUUUUUUGGCUUGAUUUACUAUUUUCUUUUAAAUACCGGAAGAUAGCCCACUCCUAGUACUCAGUAUUUGGAUCAAUGAUGGUCUCGGCGUUAAUGCGUCUAGUUAACUGUGGCGGGAUACAAGCGAACAUUCCUGACUGGGAAGUACAGUCAUCUUUGCUUCAUUGUCCCUUGCCAGGAUAACAAGUUUGGCAGAAAAACAUUAUCUAAAAAUAGUAUUCUUUUUCAACUUUUCCUGAUUGUACACCGAAAGUUAGCCCACUCCUUAUUUUCACCCGAUUUGCUCUCGAUUUUACGUGGGCUAUAUUUCGGGAUGUUAAGGUAAUUUGUGGAGUGAGAACAUGGCUACACGAGUAGAAAACGAGCUGGUACAGGAAAGGUGUACAUGCCCUUGUUCCGCACUAGCAUAAAACAAAACAAAAAAAAAACUGAGUAGGGAUAAUGUAAAAAGUAGCAUGUAUGUAAUAUUUGGUGCGAUUUUCAUAUAAUUUAAAUAAACAAUUUUCGGGGACAAAAAUGUCGGACAUUAUUGUUCGAGCAACCCUGAAACAUUUUUCGCACCUAGUUGGUUGCACAUCCUAGUUCAAUUCAAUUGUCCUAUAUCCCUUCCUACCUUGGGGCACAGAACGCCGUCCGUGGGUUCGGACGAAGCUUCCGCCACAUGAGGAUGCGUGCAGCAGAAGCAACUCUGCAUCUGCAGCUUUA